AUGGUAGAACCCAAUCACUCGGUGGCACAUUGCCAAAGUUCGUCUCAAAAUGAAUUCCCAUUGGGAGGUAUCAACUGUUUCACAGUUAAAAUCAUACCUCAUCUGUAUGAUAGCUUGGAUGCCACUAGGUAUGCCGACUUGAAUCAGCCCUUUGAUAUUUCAUGGAUGGAGUACUUCUACGCUAAUGAUAAGCUCGGCAAAGAGAUCACAUUGCGAGUAACUAUAGCGGAUGACCAGCUUAAAUCCGAAGCAUCCAAGCUCCAUCCCUUACUCUACCAGCCUGGUAUUGUUAAGGAACUCAGGCGUGACCCAAGAAUUGGACGCUAUAUUGCAAUAAUCAAACGGGCCAUUGGCGAACGCCGAGUCUGCUCUUUGGCUUUCAGAAUAAGCGGUGCCACCCCGUUGGAUAGCACUGCUGUGUGA